AUGCAGUCUUAUCUGCAGUACCGACGAUUGGGCAAAUCUGUUCGCUCGCAGCUGGACAAUGCCUCCCCUGUGAAGGAAACUCCAACUGCGGCGCGCGAUUCGGAUACAGAUACGCCUACGAAUCCAGACGAAAUCAGCCAACAUGUGCCCAGGUCGAAUCAAAGCCCUCUGGCAAGAACCGCCUCUUGGGGAUCCAGCAGAACCGCCUUGGCCUACUCGAUUGCUGGUAUCGAUGUCCAGAAGCAAUCCGAGUCUCCGGAUCAACCUGCCCACCUCUUCAUUGUUGGCUGGGAUGGCCCAAAUGAUCCGCAAAAUCCGCGGAACCACAGUGUCGCCUCACGUUUGACCGCGACGCUGCUGGUUUCUGCGUUGGGUUGGAUUGUUGGCGCCGCAACGUCUAUCAACUCGGGUGUGCUGCCCCAAAACACCGAGGCGUUCCACGUCAGUGAUGUCGUGGGCUCCCUAGUGACUGGCAUGUAUUUACUCGGCUUCGCUGCUGGUUCCUUGGUUAGCGGACCACUCUCGGAGAUCCUUGGUCGCAAUGCCGUAUACGUGAGCUCUUUGACCCUGUUCAUGAUCUUCAUUAUGGGCAUCUUUGGCUGUCCGCCUCUGACAUGCGCCGGCGGCACCAUUGCCGAUCUAUGGAAUCCGUUGGAAAAGACACUCUACUUCCCUAUGUACGCCGUUCUUUCCUCCAGCGGCCCGGUGCUGGGUCCAGCCGUUGCUUCAUACAUGGGGCAGACGGGCGUUCUUUCCUGGCGUUGGACAAGUUGGAUCAUCCUUAUCGGGUCCGGUGCGAUCCUCGUCUUGAUCAUCCUCUUCCAGCCUGAAACUUACGGUCCGCUCCUCCUGAAAUGGAAGGGCAAGCAUCUGCGCAAGAUGACAGGAGACCCGCGGUUCCGGUCAGAAAUGGAUAUGGAGAAAAUCGCACUGUUUAGCCGUAUCGGCGGUGCGAUGAAGCGCCAGUUCCUGAUCACCAUUCACGAACCCAUCAUCCUGCUGAUCUCUCUAUACAUGACUGUGUUGUAUAUUGUGUUGUUCACCUUCUUCGAUGGGUACGCCUUUAUUUUCACCGACAUGCAUGGCCUGUCCCAGGGCCUGACAAACAUCGUCUGGGUCGCCAUGUACGUUGGGAUCAUGCUCUCCGGGUUUCUUCUCCCGUUCGUCUACAGAGGGACAAAGAAGAAUUUCACACAGGCUGCCGAAGCUGCAAAUGGCGCCGACCCAGCAGUCGACCCUCGCGCUCUCGACAACGUGCACACGCAACCCGAAAUCCGGCUCUGGUUUGCCAUGUUUGGAGCACCGUUUAUUCCUAUCAGUUUGUUCUGGAUGGGCUGGACUGACUUCCCAUCCAUUUCAGUCUGGUCGCCUAUCAUCGCAUCGUCUGCCUUCGGCCUCGGCACCAUUUGCGUCUUCAUAAGUUCCUACAUGUACGUGAUUGACUCGUACGGCAUCUACGCGGCGUCGGCACUAGGCUUCAUGACCGUAUCGCGCUAUUGUGCUGCUGGAGGGAUGACCAUUGUUGGAAUUCCGUUCUAUAGGAAUAUGGGUGUUCACUGGACGCUCACUAUUCUCGGCUGUAUCAGCGCUAUCAUGGUGCCGGUGCCGUAUGUGUUCUAUCGCUUUGGGCCCGCUAUUCGCAGUUGGAGUCGGUAUGCUAUUACCGAGGUGGUUAAGGUUUGA